GGUGACGUUUGGAACCGUUGAUCCGGUUGUGCACUAAUCACCAUGGUUGAGACCCGUAGUGGGAAAGAUACUCACCCCUACACCCCUGAGCAGCAAGCGAAGAUGGCCGCCUUAGUGAAAGAAAAUAGGGAGAGGAAGGAGCUUGAGAAGCAGGCGAAGCUAAAGGCUAUCGCAGAGGAACAGGCGGCAAAGAUGAAGAGAUUGGAGGAGGAGAUAAAGAGGGUUCAACAGGAGGAGGAAGAAAAAAAAAAGGCUGCUGAAGCAGAAGUAGCAGCAGAAGAAGAAAAAGAGAGAAUGCGGAUUGAGAGUGGAGAAGGAAGUAGUGGCACGAUGAACAGGGAUACUGAUGUAGAGAUGGAGAAAAGGAUAAGCGAGUGGGUCGCUAAUUUAUCGUUGGGAGAAGACGAGGAGGCAGAGUCUUAUAUGACUCAAGACGAGAGGGAUGCGCUAGCCAGCGAGCUAGCAGCAAUGACAGAUCCUAUGGAACGGCGAGAAAGGGAGGAGGAGCAGAAAUUGGCAUGGAAGUUGAGGAUGAAGAGGGAGAAGAAGAGGAGGAGAGAGGAAGUCAACAAACUGACCGCAGAGGUAGCAAAGGUGCAAGACUGUAGGAAGGAAGUGUUGGCCCAGCCAGAUGACAAGGCCAAAUGGGAUAAGGUAUUGGGCUACCCAGUGGUGUUGAGCACAACAUGGAUGGAGGAGCGCCAAGCUAGUUGGAGCCAGGAGGUAGCUUUGAGUGUCAUGCGGUCGGGGUUUAGAGACUUUGCGCGCGAUAUCGUCACCCACAUUGGGGGCGAAGUCAGGCAACUGAGGGAUAACGUGGGGAAGUUCUGUGAGGGCGCCAUUGAGGGUGCCAAGGCAAUAGCCGCUGUAGAGGGCGAGGUCAGACCCCGUAAGGAGUCUGUAAAACUCAAGUUCCCAGAUGCAUACGGGGGGAAGAAGGAGGAGAACUUUGACAACUGGGAUACCAGUGUCAAUAGUUAUAUAUAUUUACAACAUAUCCUAUCAGAGGGACAAGUCCUCGUGGCCUUCCAGGCCCUUAAGGAUGAGGCGGCUAGUUUUGCCAAGUCCCUUGCGCGCGCAGCCGGUUGUGAAAACAACCUGGUUGCAUAUUCAAGAGUCACCCCCCUUCCUCAAUUCUUUAAGCUCCUGAAGGAGUGAUUUGCAGAUCCAGCGAGAGGCGUUAGAGCCUCUGAUAAGCUGCAAGCGAUC